CUGCUGAAGCCCCGCCCCCCGCAUCCUGGCUCCGCCCUCUUUACUUCACAUAAGAAGAGGCGACGCGGCUGUUGGAGCUUCACAUCCUCACCUUCAUCAUCAGCAGCAGCUGACCUGAGAACCGGAACCGGAACCAGAACCGCGGCAAGAUGACCGGAGAUCAGCGCUACGUCAUCAGCGUCAGACUGAUUGGAGGAGUCCGCAGAGAGAAGCCGAGACUGAAGACCUUCAUGCUGUCCGUCCUCUGGUCCGAUGAGUCGGAAGUGAUCAUCUACCGGUCCUUCCAGGACUUCCGGUCAUUUCAUUUGCAGCUGAAGAAGAGAUUUCCAAACUUUAACCCUUUCAGGAAGAGCGACAGGAAAAUCCCCAAGUUUUCCGGGAAGGCCCGGCGCAGCGGCCUGCAGCAGACCGGAUCCAGGAAGUCUGUCAGGCAGAUGAACUUCCUGCAGACUUACUGCGAGGAGCUGCUGCGCUGCGAUCAGGCCGUGACCGUGAGUUCAGAGGUCACCCGGUUCUUCACGCCCAGAGAUCACGACCUGCAGACGGACUUCACCAAGAACACCGUCAUGAUCCUGACGUCUGACGAGGCGCAGGACGCAGCGGGUGGCGCGCGCAGCCAGGAAGUGGGCAGCGUGACGCACCCGUUCGUCACGCAGACGUACCGCUGCGUGGCGCCGUACGAGACCAGGGACACCAAGAACCGGGCCUUCAAGGCGGCUGCCGACGACAAGCUGGACGUCCUAAUCAAAGACCCGGCAGGCUGGUGGCUGGUGGAGAGCGAGGACAAGCGGCUGGCCUGGUUUCCGGCGCCUUACCUGGAGCUCUGUGAGGAAGAGGAGGAAGAGGAGGGAGGAUUCCUGGGAGGUGAGUCGCUCUUCGUCACCUGGACCGGACUCCGUCCAGAACGUCCUGCAGAUGUUGACGGCGUGUUGCCUUCAGGGUCCCUGUACUGCGCCGUGAGGAACUACUCCACCUCCCAGAGCGACGAGGUGGGCGUGGCCAUCGGCUGCGUGGUGGAGGUGCUGCGCAGGUCAGAUGACGGCUGGUGGCUGGUCAGGUGCGGCGGCAGGGUGGGCUACCUGCCCUCCAUGUACCUGCAGCCCUACAGCUCCCCGCGGCGCGGGCUGCAMGGCCGCCACCUGCACAGCUCCUCCCUCAACCUGGCCUCCCGCGGCGCCCGGGGCUCCCGCUCCUCCCAGCCGGUCCAGAACCAGGAGCCGGGCUCCAGGCCGGGGUCCGCGGUCCCGGAGCGGCUCCCCAGAGCGCAGUCCCUGGAUGUGCUGUCAGAGAGCUGGCAGAAGGACGGCGCCGCGCCUUCAUCAUCUUCAUCAGCCGCAUCCCGCAGCAACGACUCCAUCUUCUCCAGCUUCUCCUCCAGCAGCGCCUCGUCCUCCUGCAGCCUGAAGGACGAGCCGCGCCGCCCCGACCCGACCCGCUCCUCCAGGUCCAGCACCGGGAGCUCCGGGUCGGUCGGGUCCAACGGCAGCGAGCCGGGCCCGGCCCCCAGCGUCCCCCGCAGACCCGACACCCAGGAGAUCCUGGUGCGCUGCAGCACCUUGACCCGCAAGGCGGCGCUGGCCUCCAGAACCCGGCUGCAGCCGCAGGACGACCCGGUCCACAGCCGGCUGUAGAACCUUGGACUGCAUCACCGAGUCGUUGUUAUCAUAUUAAUAACUAAAUAUGGGCUCUGGGGGGCGCCGUUCGUCCUGCUGCACUGUAAAAAUGAACAAAUGAUUUUCUUGUUGCUCCAACAUUAAUGUUACAGAUCCAAACUAAAGAUUUAGUCAUUUUUUAUUAACGCGUUUCAAGCUAAAUAUUAACCGGCUGUGUUUUCCUGUGUAACCAUAGRAACGGCUCUGAUGUUUCAGUAUGUAGCUUCAGUGAAGCAGAAAACCUUUGAUUCAUGUCGUUUCCUCUUCCUGCUGAUGGAAUCAGAUCAACCUGUUUGAACUCAUCGUUUUGUUUGCUUCAGUGAAACAAUAAAGGUUUAAUAUUCAAACACAA